GCACUACGAGCAACCAAAACCCGGAAGUUCACAGCGACGUCACUGCUGUGUUUACAGUAGCCUUGUGUUUGGGCUUGCCGGUUAUGCUAUUUUAUUAAAGCUUCUAUUUUUCAGUUAUGUAGUGAGUGAACUGUGCGCAGCACGAUGUUAAAAUAUGUAGUAGCGCUUAUUUCAGUGAGUGUGGCGCUCUGGAGCGGGUGUGAGUGGUUAAACUUGUGGUUUUGGGAGCUGGCUGAGGUGUCUCAGGACUCGGGCAGACUGCUGAGGCAGGAAGAGCUGUCCCUUUAUAACGGCAGGGAGGACAGUAGAGGACUUUACCUCGCCAUUUUAGGACAGGUGUUUGAUGUUGAAAAAGGGAGAAAGCACUACGGUCCUGGUGGAGGCUAUCGUUUCUUUACAGGCCGAGAUGCCUCUAGGGCUUUUGUGACAGGUGAUUUUACAGAGGCAGGGUUGACCGAUGAUGUCUCGGACCUGUCUCCAUCUCAAAUAGUGGCACUCUACGACUGGCUGGCUUUCUAUCAGAAGGACUACACACAUGUAGGUAGGUUAAUUGGUCGAUUCUACAGCGAGAGCGGAAAGCCCACAGACGUCCUGCAGCAGGUGGAGGCCUCAUUGGCUCAGGGGCUGAAACUGAAAGCCCAGGCUGAGAAGGAGAACGAGCUUUAUCCAGCCUGUAACUCCGAGUGGAGCUCUGACAGAGGAGGACGUGUUUGGUGCUCCACUAAAAGCGGUGGAGUGCACAGAGACUGGGCUGGCGUUCCCAGAAUGCUCUUCUCACCCGGUUCAGGCCAGACACGCUGUGUGUGUGUACGACUGGAUGAUCCCACACAUUCGAACAACCCAAAUCUCCAGGAGUACAAAGAUUGUCCACCUCAAGCAGAGUCAUGUCUCCUUAGCCAAGACUGAGCUUUCUGAGAUUUUCUAACUUUUUAUAUGUCAUUAGUUACUAUAUUUUAUGCAAUAAAAUUUAAAACUUUAAAAAUCUGUUUUGACUGCUCUCAGGAUGGACAACCAGACAGGAUACCUUUAAAGGUGUUGUGUAAGAGUUUUCUGU